AUGAGUCAUCAACACUCUUCCCCGCCUCUGCCCAACCUGCAGUCGCUGUCCAUCAACCCCUCGCCUUACGGAGAGUACCCCUACAACAACGUGUUCGGCCCUCCCGUCGCUACGCCUUCCGGUGCCCCCACUCGCGGCUGGACUAGCAGUCCCAAGCAGCGCGGCUCGCGCUCCGGAAUUCCUUCCGCUUGGUUUGAUCCUCAGGUGACGGAGAAUGGCGGCGGUGGCCACCAUUACGACGUGUUCCGUCGCGGCGAUGGAGCGUCGCCCACCAUCUCGGCUCCGUCUACGGCCAGCUCUGGUGCGACUCCGGCGCAGCCGUACUAUCCCGCUUUCAGCAUCGACCCGUUCCCUUCGAUGGGCCUGGCGCCCUCGCCUCCCCCCUCCGUUCCCUACGGAAUGGCUCCGGGAUCGGCUGCCUUUGCUCCCUUUGCGUCGCAGCAUGUCACAUCGAUGCCGCAGCGUCCGACUCAGUGGCGUGGAAUGAUCCCCACCCCUGAUGACGAUGUCAUCCCGACGGCGAUCGUCAUCAAGAACAUUCCGUUUGCCGUAUCGCGUGAGACGCUGCUGGCCAUCAUUGAGUCACUCGGCGCUCCCCUGCCCUAUGCGUUCAACUACCACCACGACAACGGCGUCUUCCGCGGCCUUGCCUUUGCCAACUUCCGUGCUCCCGAGGAGGCUGCCAGCGUCGUCGCGGCUCUGAACGGUUACGAUGUGCAAGGUCGCAAGCUCCGCGUCGAGUACAAGAAGGUCCUUCAGCCUGGGGAGAAGGAUCGCAUCGAACGUGAGAAGGCUAUCAAGCGCAUGAAGAGCAUGCAGCUCGACUCGGUCAAGACGCCCAUCGAGCCCUCGCACGCUCACAACAAUGCGCACAACAACUCGCACGGCAACUCGCACAACAACAUGCAGCGCAACGGCCACCACCAACAGGUGUCUUACGGCGACUCGUCCAACGAUGACCGCAGCCCGACUCAGUCGUCCGGCUCCAACAAGUCUGACACCCUCCCGGUGUCGCUGGACCUCAACGAUCCGGCCACGCUGUCUAUCUACAACAUGGUCUACAUGUUCAAGGAGGAUCGCAUGCGCGAUGAGUUGGUUCUUUCCAGGAACCUCUCGCCGACUGAGCGCCGUAUCGUGCACCUCGUUGCGCAGAAGCUGUCCUUGACCAGUGUCACUAAGGGUGACGGCGAUGCCAAGCAUGUCGUGGUCACUAAGGACACGCCCAAGUCGACCCAGUCGACUACGCACACGAGCUACCUCCAGCCUUACCCCGAAGGAAACGGUCACGGCCUGCGCAUUAAGAAGUCGAUGCCGGACCUGCGCGGCUUCAAUGGCCCUGUUGUUGCCCGCGACCCUGCUCGCAGCCUGACCCCGCAGCGCUCUUCUGGUAACCUCCGUGAGACUGCUGUCGCUGGCGUCGUUGGUGGUCGCGACUACUCGUCCAUGGGAGCGUCGCAUGGCCGCCGCCUUCUUGGAUCAGGCACCUUCAACAGCUUCUUCGGCGCGCCCGUCGGCGCCCCUCCCGUUCCUCCUCUUCCUGCGUCGCUGAGCGAUCUGCACGGAGAUUCGGGUUCGCAGCCUCUGCGCAACCCUCGUGGGCCCGUCGGCGAGUCGCGCGGUUUCUCGUCUGGUACCUUCCCGCGCGUCGCCAGCUCGCUCCGUGGUGUCCCCGGCUCUCUGGCUCUUCCGCGCGACACGCUCAGCCGUCGCCUCAGUGAGGAGGACGAGCAGGACUCUUCGCGUGCCAACGCGCGCGAGGAGCUUGAUAUCUAG